GGAGCAGGCUGGGAGUGGCGGUUGUUUCAAGAUGGCGGAGGUGGACGCCGGGCCGGGCGGGGACGUGUACUGGAGCCGUGAGGUUUCUGAUGAAGAACGGCCAAUGGUGUAUGUUUCAGGAGUGUCUACAAAAGGAAAUUUAAGAACAAGGUAUUUGCCAAAGAGUCAAAAAAGUGAAGCUGAGCCAAAGGUGCCUGUAGCUGUUGCUUCUGUUUCCAUGGAUCCUGUUAGGAGCACAGGAGAUCUGACAGGGCAGCAGGUCACUAAUGAAGGAGGAAUGAAGAGUGCUUCUUUAAAGGAUUUAUGUCCUGAGGACAAGAGACGCAUUGCAAACUUAAUUAAAGAACUUGCCAGGGUAAGUGAAGAAAAGGAGGUAACAGAAGAACGGCUGAAAGCUGAACAGGAGUCAUUUGAGAAGAAGAUCAGACAGCUAGAGGAACAGAAUGAACUUAUCAUCAAGGAAAGGGAAGCUCUGCAGCAACAGUACAGAGAAUGCCAGGAACUUUUGAGCCUUUAUCAGAAGUACCUAGCUGAGCAACAGGAAAAACUAACGCUCUCCCUCUCUCAACUCAGUGCUGCCAAGGAAAAGGAGCAGAAGGUUCAUUGUGCUUUGCAGAUGAAGAUGAAUUAUGCAGCCUGCACUGGAGAAGGAAUGACAGAGGGGAGAAACGUAGCCAGAUCACCUGGACUAAUCCAGAACAUCCUAGAGGUGUCCAGUAAGAAGGCCUCAUGCCAACAGCCACCUUUGGAAAUAGAUGGUUCGUACUUAGCCAUUAGGGGACCACAAACUUUUUAUAAAAACAGCAGAGCACCAAAGGCUGGAAGCCCAAGCCGUGUAGUGUUGUCUCAGCCCUGCAGGAAUAAUCACGAUUGUGGGACUGAAAUCCAUUACAACCGUCAGGAAUGUCUGAAGGAAUAUUCAGUGGAAAAUGGCUUGCACAGAAAGUGUAACAAUAUGAUUUCCUCAGUCAAGCAGAAAAGCCCUCACCGUGUAAAACCAGCUCAGGAGAUGGACCAGAAAUCAAAUGAAUUUCAGAGCACGUGCCCUCCACAAAUGAGUUGUGGUUGUGCCUGCAGGCAUGUAGGGAGCUCAGGUAGUGUGCAAGACAGCCACCAUGUCAGCGAGGUUCCUAAGAGACAUUCUGGACCUGUUCACAAAACCUGUGAUUAUUCCAGGCUCUCUCGAGUUUCUGGGCUGAAUGACAGCGUGGAUCCAGGGUCUAAAGAAACAGAACAAGCUAAAAGGUUGUCUGAAGAAAGAAGGCAGCAGCUGCUACUGCAGAAAAUGGAGCUGGAAAUUGAAAAGGAACGUCUCCAACAUUUGUUGGCUAAACAAGAAGCAAAACUGCUCCUAAAACAACAGCAGUUACACCAAUCCCGUAUGGAUUAUAACAGGUUUAGAGGCCACGUACCUGGUUUGGGAGAUGUGACCAUUGAUGAAGCACCUGGAGAACUUGCUCCGAUGAUGAACGGCAACAGCAUGGGACUAAGUGUGCCAGUAUCGAAACGUGAAGAUUAUUAUCCCAGGAUACCACCAGUGAGCAAAGCCUCCAGAACAUCACGGAGCAGUGGUGGGAGCAGUUCAGGGAAGAAAAUGGCUGGUUUUGGUGCACAUGUGGAAGAUGGGCGAGCCCUUCUGAUGAAAACCAAGAGGGAAGGCAGCAAGUCAAGGAAAGGGACAACUUCAGGACCCAGGAGGGAUGCAGCCACGUCUCCUGGACUGAUAGGCAGAGGCAAAGAGCUUGUAACCACAGCCCCAUCACCAAUCGAGCAUAACACUUCACGGUAUGAAACCUCUCUUCUGGACCUGGUUGAAGCUAUGAGUCCCAUAUCUGCCCCAGGACACCUCUACAGAGAAUUAUAUGAUGGGAACAACAUGCACACACCUCGUCAUAUGAGCCGCAGGCCAUCGUCUUGGUACCAGAACCCUCGCAGUUCCAGAAGCAGAGCGGAUGAGAUAGAGGAGAGCCGGCUGCUCGAGGAGAUUUUCUUCAUUUGACACUGCUCUUUAUUCUACAGCCCUUCUGUAGAAUUUUUAGGAACUUUUUAUUUCUGAUUUGCUUGUGUUAAAGUACCAUUUUUAAAUUAUUUGAGUGACAACUGAUUGUCUUCCCUCUUCUAAUAGUUAAUUAGCAUCCAGUUUCAUUUUGGAUUUAGUAAUCAUGGUGCAAGAAUGUUUGUGGGAUAGACCAAUCAGAAAGCGUUAACUUUUUUUCUAAACCUUUCAUGUGCCAAGUAAUCAUUCUAAAGCAGAUUUUUUUUUCAUCUACAACAUUUUCUAAUAGAUUGAAGUCACAGUUUUGCCAGUCUCAUAUCAGAAGUAUAUUUCAUUAUUGAUUUUUAGCUCUAAAGCAGUUUGCAAGAACUGCCUAACAUUCAAGAGCCAUAACGUUCAAAGUAGAUUAUUUUCUAAUUAAACAAGUCUGUUUAAAACCUGGCAUAUUAUAAAGGUACAAGCACUUUACUACUUUUUUCAGUGAUUUUAUGAUCUACCUUUUCCUUCAGCAUUCUGAUGUUUAACAUGCUGGGUUUUUAGGGGAUAAUAUCAUAAGCUCAACUUUACAGUGUCUAAUAACAUUAAUAGAUGAUGUUGCAGAUUGAUGUACUAGGCAUCCAUGUGAAAUAUAUUCCUCUUUAAAUCAGUGCUAUUUGACAUAGUUUAUGCGCUGGGAGACCUAACCCUGAAAUAGCAGAACACAGUCAGACAUUGUAGUGGUCCAAAACCUAUGUGAUGUACUUUUCAAGAUGAAAUAUAUAGUUGUGGUAAUAUAAGAACAGUCUUAAGACAUUUUCACUAACUUGCACUAUUUUGAUCUGGUAUCCGGGCUCCAUAGUAAAUAAGACAAAUCAGUAAUUAUUUCCACCAGCGGCUCGCAAUGCACAUUUCCCUGCCGGCUUUAAUUAUUCAUGCUGUAUCUAUUUCAGUUUAUUUAAAUGCACUUCCAUCUACUGCAUGUACUUGGUUAUUUAAAGAAAUGUGCAGAAUUGGUAAAAAUGACUGCAGAUUACAGGAUUAAUGGUCAUUUUCUCCACAAUGCGGUGUUCAUAUUUUAUUGUAACAGUAGCCACCGGCAUGUGUUCCUAGAAAUAUGAGGCUAAAAUACUCAUUUUGCACAGUAAAAUUGCAGCGAGGGAAAGGUAGAAUUGAGCCAGUACGGGCAAGUUCUAGGCCAUUUGCUCCCAAACACCAAUUGGUGGGCCAGUGCAGCUUUUUGCUGGUCUCUUUAGGCAACCCUGCUUAUCUUAAUGGCAGCAAGUUGCUGGUCUGAUCCUUGGGGUAUCGCUGCUGCCUGCUUCCAGCACGCUUGCUCUUGUGCAAGGCUUGGUACUCCUGUGCUCUGCAAGGAGCUGGCAAGACUGCAAUGAGGCACGCCAUGCCUCCUCGGGGAGAGCAAGCAUGACGCAGAAUAUCCAGCAUGCCCCCCUGGCAGCACCCUGCUUUUAGAGCAGAAAUAAAAGGAGGAUGAAGGGGGAGGUAAACCUUAAGUUAUUAUGAGCUGUUUCAUUCAGGCUCGGUCUUAACCACAAAUUAGGUGGUACCUUUUCCAUGUGUCCCAGCUGAAUUUUCAAAGGUGCUUGGAGGAGUUCACAGGAGGGAAGCGACAUUACUGUCCCAAAAAUGACUGCUGUGGAAAGGCCUUGCUUGGUCUGUCCUGCUGUCAGUGAAGCAUCAUAGUUCUUUCCAGUGUGUCCAUCUGCUGUUGAGUGUCCCUCGUGUUCUGCUCCCUGACCCUGUGAAGGCACAGGUUUCUGGUUAAAGCCCCAAAGACAUGACAGGUGCCCUGACCCAAGUGUAGCAGUUGGGGCAAUAGGUUUUCUCACUCAGCAUGUUUCUGCUGGCCAAGUAGUCUGCUUCUUUAGGAAGACAGGGAAAGGGUGGGGAAGGAAGAGAAAAAUGUACAAGGAGCAGCAGGAAAACCAUGGAAAACCAUAAAAGUGAUGACCGGCACAUAGAUCUUAAAGUUUUGGGUUGAUUUUUUGUGAGUUGGUUUUGUUUUUGUUUUUUGUUUUGCAUUUUUGGCAUUUGUAAAAAACAGUUCUAUGAUUUCAGCCUGAUUGCUUCUCUUCUCUUUUCCAGUUUGACUGAAACUUUAAUUGCCCUUUCUAAUAAGUGCUAACUGACCUUUUGAAACAGCAAAAAAUAGAAGUAUAUCUCCUGAAAGGUGCCUUUGUGUAUCCAGUCAAGAACACUGCAUGGGAGCAUUAUGUUCUUUGGUUCCUCGUGGGUGUCAAUAUUUAACUGCUUUAGGAUUCCUUAUGAUCCAUUUUGUCCAUUAACAAUUCUAAUUCUGAUGGUGACUUUUGACUUGAAUCUAUAUUUUGGUAGUAGCUCUUUUUAAAAAGACGCUGUCAGGGUUGUGGGCUCUGUGCUCAAGGUGCUGUCGAUCAGUCAGAGCUACACGGGAGGGAGCUACACCUUUAUGUAGCCAAGAAUUCUACAAUUAAGAUAGUUGAAAUAUCUGAUGGAUGAAGAUCUGCAUGUUUUAACUAUCUGUGAGAUGUGAACCGAGAAGCAAAAGCUAUUAAUUUGGCAGACCCUGUGAAAAAUCAUUUUUUAUAAUGCUGGCUCUUGCUCUAGUUAUCAGCAGUACAUUAGGAAUAGUGUUUAGCAGUCAGUGCAAGCGAAGAUAUUUUGCCAUGAGGCACUACAAAGUUGAAGUUAUUAAAACAUUUAUAGCCUUAGAAAAAAAAUCAAUGAUUGUCAAAUAGGAAAGGACAAAAUCAGUAGUUGGGACUGGGAGGGGAAUUGUUUUCCAUCUGCUAAAACAGUAGAGGAAAUGCAAAAAUUAAACCAGCAAAAGCAAUCACUUGACAGUGUCCUUUUAAGUUUAAGCUCCUAUAUUAGGAAGCUGCCGCUGGGGAGUUAGUCCAGCCACAGAUUGUUUGUCCAGAGCGUUCCCAGUUAAUACGCUUCAGCUACACAUUGGGCUGUAUUUUACAAGAGGCUUCGUGGAGUGACAUGACUCCUGCUAAGGCUGCUACCCAUACCUUCACUUUGUGUUCUUCCCGAGUGGCUCGUACACAUGCGCUGGCCAUGUUUGUGUAGUCGUUGCUUUUGUGCACCUUGCACGCAGUGGACCUGUAGCAAUCACAUCCUUUCCACUUGUAGCCUCUCCAGUCUCACUGUUGAGUACCAUCUUGAACAUAUAUUUAUAUAUGUAUGUGAGGUCUUAAUCUAAUAAAUUAUCUGGGGGUUUCGAUUAAUCUUCCAGCCUUUCAUUUAUUUGAAUUAUCUUCUGGCUUCUUUUGUCUGAUGCAGAUGUAGCAAUUGCCAUUGACAAUAUGUUCCACUUUCCACACCAUCAUAUCAUGUGUAUUCUAAAUCUCCAGCUUGCUAAAACAGUUGAGGAAAUAGUUUUAAACCCUCUCUUUCUCUCCAGAACAUGGGUAUUGCUGUGAAAAGGAGCAAGACCUCUUUUGGGGCUUGAUGUUUGGGGAACAGAAUACAAAAGAGAGGAGAGAUGAGAAGCCAGCAGCAUGCACUGGGACAGAAAGGUGGGAUUUAAAAGUAAGGAAGAAAGGAUGGAGGUAAAGACAAAAAAGGACAAGGAUGCAAGGGAGAGUACUGAAUGAAAGGAUGAGAGAAGGUAUAAUUUGAGUGGAGCUGAGCCAGCUCUGAGGGUAGAGAUGAGUUGUUAAAAUAUAGUAAGUCAAUUAGGGAGAAAUGUCUUCAAGCACUGGUUCCCAGCUGAGGCUUAUGACCUUAUGACUCCUUUUCCAGACCAAGUUCCUGCAUUUGGGGACCUACUGUCCAAAGGAUACCUGGUAAAUCAGGCAAAGGAGGAAAUGACCUAACUUUAUCUGACCAAACUUUAUUUAGGCAGGGAGGCUAGAGAACAGGGAGAGUAGCAGGGUGAAGCCCAGAGGUAACCAAAGCAUGGACUGAAUUUAAUUGCUGGUGGGAAGUGUGGUGUGGGCUUAGAUUACAGAAGAAUGUGAGACUGGAUAUAGCAAGAAUUUGAAUAAGGGAGAAACAAGAAAAACAAAAUUUGUAGUGAUCCACUGAGCUGUGGAGGUUUGGUGCUAAGGAAGGAGAGGAAAGGGCUUAGCUGUGCUUGAGACAGACUCAGCUUGAGCUAUCCAAAAGUUAUCCCCUGAAAGCACACAUGAGCCCAGGGUUAAACUCUAAAAGUUGCAGCAGAGAUUUUCUGAAAUACGACCUCCGAGCAGUCUUUGAAUUUGUACCAUCUGAGGGGGAGAGAGCACAACCUGGUUAGUUAGAAACCUCUUUUUUCACUGUUAACAAAUUUGUGAAAUUGUGUGCUAAUUAGUGUAUGAUUUAUAAAUUUACAUAACUGCCUGCUACAUAAGACAACACAGAAUAUUGAAUGAGGUGAUUUAAACCAGCAGAAGCACUGAAGUCUGCUCUGACUGGGUGUCUCUCCUCUGGAAAAAUGCCUUUCCCAAUUUCAUAGCUGCUCCCCGCAUCUCUUGAAGUCUUAACUGCGCACGAUGACAAUAAAUGUUUUACUAUAAUGUGGUGCCGUGUAGCUGUGAGAGAACAGGCUACCUUGAGAAUCUUUGGCAUGACUAUAGCAGAGCUUUCACCACGGUGCUUGUUUGUGGGGGGUGUUUGGAGCAGAAAUCACCAAAAAAAAAACCACCAAACAACAACAAACAAGAAAUGCAACUUGUUCUAGUUACUGUUGUUUUUUGACAACUCCCACGGUGGUUCACAGGGAGUGCUGGUAUGUCCCAGCUGCAGCAAGAGGACAGAGACUUGGGGAAACAGGAUUUGAUUCCCAGCUUUGGAAAAGCCACUUUGCUUUCUUCUGUGGCGCUUUGGGUUCAGCUGGUGAAGACAAUCAGGAAUCAUACUUACUACCACAUCUCUGAAGGGCUGUGACUUGUAUUAGCACCCAUGGCAUGAGGUGCUGGGCAUAUCCACCAGCAAUUUGUCUCUGAAAUGUAAGCUGUUGCAGCAGAAGCAUAUCAGCCAGUUGUUCUCAUCCAACAGAAGCUGAGACUCAGACUUCAUAUAUUUUGAAGCUUAAGGGGCUAUUUCAGGCCUUGGGAAGCUAAACUGGAGAAACUCAGAUGUCCCUGACAGAUGAGGCCCUGACGUACAUGAGGUGAGAGAUGCCCAGAAGGUCCCAGCAGUGAAAUCAAUCCACAGGCUGCAGCAACAGAUGUCAAUUCCUAGUUUCCUUACUUCAGGAAUCAUUCUGAAUAUGUAAAAAACAAAACAAACAAACAAACACAUUUCGUUCAUAGCAUUCAAUAACCAGCCCUAGAACAUUAAGUUCAUUCUUUCUGAUCUCAUGUCUACAGAUGGAAUGUAAAAAAUUAAGGAAAAGUUGUCUUUCCUGAUUGUUUAUUGGCAACUACCUUAAAGCUUUGAAUCAAGGAUGCAGUUGGAGCUCUUUUCUGAACACAGAGUGGUGAGUGUCAUGAGCAUCAAGGGCAAUGUGGGAGCUCCUCUCCUCCUCUAGAGCUGGUAAGGAAGGAAAUGGUGAGGUGGAUUCACAGACUUGUUGGAUUCAAGAGCUUGUUCUUUCCCACGCUAGAGUUGUCUGUGAGGUAUUUGCACUGAAAUUUUAAAAGCACCGUGUCAAAAUCUUCCAGUGUUUAAUUAUCUGCUAUGAAACUGCCUUGUUUUGAGGUUGAAUUGCUCUAAUUUUAAUUUCCAGCUGCUGGACUUAGUUGUGCUUACAGAAACAAGAUGGCACAGUUCCCGUGUUACUGGACAGUAAGUACCGCUAUGCAUUGGUAAGCUCCCUGCUCAGCCUUCUCUUUGACAAGCUGAGGUCCUUUAAGCCUGGUGUCACAAUGUCUCUUUUCCAGCCCCUGGAUAAUUUGGUGGGGGUGUCUGGUUUUGAACUUUCCCCAACAUCUAUGCAUCUUGAAGGGGUUGCACUAGAGGUGAAUGACAGAUUCCAGUUACCAUUGCUGUGAAUGGUGACAAAGUGGCCCCAUUCUGCACCGUAUUUCCCUGUUGACACGUCAGGAGCUUUGUUUGGAGGUGUUGGGCUGGGUACCUGGUCUCAUUGCACUUAAGAUCAUGGCUCUGUUUCUUGGAAGCAGAAAGUCUGGGUAUGAAAUCAGGAGACCCUGCUAAAUUUAGUAGAGUUGAGGAGGAAGAAACAAUGCGACGUAGAAAUACCAAGCAGAAAAAAACGUGGGAUUCAGUUUGUGAUGGAGGGUGAACUUUGGGGUGCUGCAUCCAUGAACUCAGCCACUUUGAAAACAAUCCGAAAGGCACAUGCUUAAUGGCAAGGGGGGAAGCUAGACAGCAGAAACCCUCAGAGGGGGAAGAGAGAACAAAGCAGGAGGUGAUGAUACCUGAUAGCAACAAAAACAGACAAGAAGACUUUUGAGCUGCAGGUGAGGAGGUGAUGACACCUCCAAAUUACACAGGAAAUGGCUCCUUGUCGGUGGCUCUGGUGCCCUGGUAUUUGCACGAGUGCCUUCAGCACAGGGAUCUCAUUACCAGAGAGUUUACUGGCAGAUUGGAGGGAUUUCAGUGAGGAGUAAUAAAAAUGAUCAGGGACUGCUAGAAUUGACAUAAUGAGGAAACAAGAUGAGAAGAGUCAGAUAUUUAUAGCUUGGGUGAGAGAGACAAUUAAAAGGUGGGAUGGGAGAUGGACUGGGUGACCUGAAAGCCUUGUCUGUAUCUAAUAACCUCGUUGUGCUGUACAGAGGACUUGAAUUUACCAAGGCUGUCAAUCUGACUCUUAACAGCCCUAACUUCCCAUGUUGAAAAGCUCAGGUGGGUGUACUCUGGCUGUAUUGACACUGUCAGAAUGUCACUGGUACUGAACUUUGUUUAAAAAAAAAUAGUCAUCCGCCAUAUUGUGGAAAAAAAUGACACUUUGACAGCAAAGGGGAAAAAAAAUUAGACCUGCAUAAAAUGAAAAGCCAUUGAAGUCCUUGCUGAGAGCAGGCCUGAAUGGAAAGGGCUCCUACAGUGUGAAACUGAUGCUGCUGAGCCCUUCUGCUGUCCACAUGGAGCUCUGCCGAGUGGGGAGGUCCCUGUAGAGGGAUGGAGCCUUAUAGAGAGAUGGAGCCUUGUUCUGUGCGAGGCAGGUGCUGUGCCACCCAGCUGUGCACGCAGGUGAGCAUCACUCCUGCUUUCUUGUCCCUGCGUGAUGCUGAGCUCCACGAUGGCUCUCUGCUCCUCCUGGGUUAGAGACCCCUGAGAGAAGGUGGCACGCUGGCCCAUCCAAGUAAUCACUGAAUAUCCUUGUGAUAAGGGUUAUUUCAAACUGGGGCUGAGCCGACGGCUGCGUCACAUGUGCCUGACCACAGCGGAGGAGAGAGCUCAGGAUUUGCUCCGGACUUGGGAGGCUGCAGCAGCGCUGGGGCAGCCCAGCUGGAGGCCUCUUGGUGACUGGGUCUGCAGGCAAAUUAAAAUGCUGUGGCUGAAAGUAGCAGGGCUGUGCCUGUUAGAGGCACUUCGGGGAAAUAUCAGAGUGGUGUCUGUUGAGUCUGAUGGCAGAGUAGCCGUACUGUUUUAAUGAUACCUGUGUGCAAAGGCCACAGCUGCUUUCAUCCAUUUCACAUUAGUCUGACUUUCAUGGAACAGACAUAGCCUACGGUGGUGGAAGGGAGAGAAAGGUGACC